AUGGAGAUGGUUCUCCGCGAAGCUCACGAGGAGAGCAGCGUAGCACCGCUUAUGAGGACGAACCGUGCAGCUGGAAACCUCACAUACCUCAACGUGAGCGUCGAUAGCGGGCCAACUCGAGACGAGAGCGACAGCGACAUGGACAGCGAGUGGGAUGGCAACAGUGGCGACGACACUGGCCUAUCUCGAGGGAUCCCAACGCUGCAACCUGCCAGUCUCAUAUUCGCAAAAAACCGGCAAGGCGAAGGCUUAACACCGCGAGCCGUGUUGCAAGCGCUGGCACAGUCACAGGAUCUGCGAGAAGCGGAGCUCAAGGACGUUGUUUUGGGACAACGGAUUCUAGUAGCAAGGACCCACAGCGAGGUCAACAAAUUCCCGUACUUAUCCCGUCUGGAACGUCUGGAGAUCAAGCCAGCUGAUGCAAUGGCGAUCGAAGAAGUCGCACGCAUCUCCAGCCGUCAGCUGUUCUCGCCACACAUGGGCCCGAAUAUUGUCGGACAGCCUGAGAGACCUCGUCCAUCUCAUGAUACUCAAGAUUACGAAUAG